GUCACAUCAGACUGAAGAGGUUUUUCACUGAAGGAGAAGCAGGAACCUGAGAAACUGACAAGGAUGAUCAGAAAGUACUGAGCCAGAAGAAUGGAGAUCAAUUCUCUGAUGGUUCUGCUCUGUUUUCUGGCAGGGGUUUCAGACGUGGACACGUAUCAUCUGAGACUAACAGGGAAGGAGGGGGAAGAUAUCACAAUUACAUGUUCUCACUCAAAUUCUUACAGCAACACAAAGUUUUUUUGCAGAAAAGAUUGUUCCCUCAAAGGUUCUCUAAUGACCAGCGAAGGUCCAAACACAGCCAAGUAUCGCAUAAUUGAUAGAGGGAAUGAUUUUGAUGUGACCAUUUAUAACCUGGAGGUGAACGACUCAGGAUUGUACUGGUGUGGAAUAGACAGAGUUGGUCCAAACACAUAUACUAGAGUUGACCUCACCGUUGUUGAAAAGCCAAGGGAGGAGAAGAAAGAACCAGACGAGAAGAAGAAUAGCAGUGCAACCAUGAAGAAUGAAACUGCAGCGAAGAGGAACAGAACUACAGACGACAACAGUGAAACUGUUGAGGUGAAGAACAAAACUGAGGAGGAGAGGAGCGUUACUGACACAGCAAUUGAAAUAACAGAACCACCUCCAUCCUCAGUAACUGGUCUGUAUGUUGGAGCAGGACUCGGGAUUUGCUUUGGGCUUGUGGAAUUGGUCCUUCUUUGGUUCUGCCUCCACAGAAGGUGAUACUUUGGAGCAUCCUCUGGUAUAAAAACGCUCACACCUCUAUGAGGUCAACAUGGCAUGAAAAGCAGCAGUGUCUGUGGAACCUAACCGACUCAAUCCAGCCAGUGCUCCCUUUGGCCAUGUUCUUCUUCCUCUUUUUUAACAUGGCUUUAACAGCCUUCUCCCAGUGAAUCCCUCCUGACUCAGCCUUGACCUUAUGACCCACCAAGACUGACACAACCAACUGACUCUUCUUUUAGAAUAAAAAUGUUUCCCUUCAGUUUCAGUCCUCAGUAGAGGGCGCUCUCACGGAUGAACAAAGUAGUUCAAAGCCCAAAUGACUUUGUAAUUGGAGAUCAAGACAAUUCUUCAUGGAGUUGUCCAUAACUAGUUUAAGAUGAUGAAGUGAACCAUUUUUUCAGACAAGCUUGUGUAAGUCACCAGCAGUGCGUUAAUAUGAGGACAUCAACCAGAUAUUGACCAUCACAACCAUGAUUUUCCUUUCAACAGCC